GUCAACCCACAAACACCUACUUAUUAUACACAAGUGUUCCAGUGUUGAGUGUGAAAUAGCGGAGUGAUGUGAAACAUUUUUUAAAUUUAAUAUUUUGCUUCAGAACAGGCUUCCUCAUUAAGACAGCGCAUGUAUGAUGUGUUUCUAAAUUCCUUUCAGUAAAUUAAUGAUCUUGGACGUACCACUUUCAGAUUCAUUUUUUAAUAUCCUGUAAUUUUCUGUCUUUAACCUCAGUUAUUAUAACUUUUUAGGCACACUUUAAUCAACAUUUUAAUCACUGUUAAUCACCUUGAAGACCUGUACAGUUAGAAAAUAACGAACCAGCCGCUUAAUCGUUAAUUAUUUUAAAUCGCUUUGCAAUAUUUCAUGAAUAGACGAUUUUCACCUUAAUUGCGUCAUUGUGCACAUAUCGUAAAAUUUUCAUUGUCUAAGAAAUAAAUUGCAUUGACCAUGUACAUUGACCUUCAAGCCACCAAUUAAAAACUGCACUCAAACAAACAAAUUACGAUUACAAGUGUCAUUGCAUUCGAUUGAACUUUAUAAUGGUUUUUAAGAAGGCCGCUAGAAUUUUUUUAAAAUAUAAUGAUAAAUUCAAACGUGUUAUUAUUUUUGAGCCAACGAUUACGAUUUCACCAUUAACCUCUUUUCCAAAUAAAUAAAAUAGCAAUUAUACGACACCAAUUAAACAAUUAAUUAGUAGGUUCUCAAUGGUUGUUUUAUUUAUUAAUAAAGUAUCGCUAAUAAAAAGGUGUUAAUGAAGUACUUUCUCGCCCAAGUUGUGACAGGAGAGGCAAACAUAAAACUGAUAAUUCAAGGAAAAAAUCGUGUGUUGGGUUUGGGUGUGUAUUUCAUCAAUUUUCCUUCAGACUUAAUUAAAUGAAAAAGAAAUUGCUUGAUGUAUUUAGAAGCUUUACAUCAAAGUGCUUUCAGGAUUGUAAUUAACUAACGCGCUAAAUUCAAUUGACAAAGUUGUAUAAUUUUCGUUCGUUUUUUCAUAAUCACUCACAGCUUUGCUAAUCCAAUUUUUGGUCUUAUUUCUCGUAUGAUCGUCAAUUUCUCUCGAUUAUGCAAUGAUGAUCGAAGGUAUGGUAAUCACCGUGUGCGGUGCAAAAUGUGCAAUUAAAAAUUUCUAUUCCUUUCCGCUUUCGCCGGGUGCUAUUUAGCUGUGGGGCUUUUUUAAAUUGCUAAUUUUCGAUAAAUGUUCACGAUACAUAAUUGGUUAUUGUGGGCAAGAUUUGGGUCAAGUUUUUAUGAAUAUUUAUUCGUACAGAUUUUAAUACGUGAAAGAAAAUUAUCGCGGACUUAGAAAGUUCUUCAUGCUCUUUAAGCACUAACGAGGAAGCCAGAUAUCUGUUGCAUUUUCGACUUAUUGUAGCAUGUCUUUUUAGAAUGUGCUCAUACCUCCGUCGUGUUAUAUUCUCCUUUAUUUUCGCUGCGCUGUUAUUAAAAACAUUUAGUCUAUCCUAGAAUUUGUUCACGUUCAUGUGUUCCACAAACAUGUGAUAAAGCAAACAUCGCUGAACAAACAGUGUGUAUACUAAGUGCAAAGUGUUAGUCUGCUGUAGUUAUGAUACCGAUCGUUUUUUGGAUGAUCACCAGCAUCGUUUACUGCCCCUCGCUCAGUAAAAGGGAGAAAUUGUUGAAAUGGGCCAGCGAUAGAUUGCCUUCGACGUGGUCGUCACAAGCAAGGACUUUAUCUAGUGGCAUCCCUGAAUUAUGGAAAGAUGGGUCUCUUUUGUGCACACUCAUCAAUUCGGUUGUUCCGGGGGCGUGUCCGAAUCCGCACAGACAUUGGAGGAAACCGCCGCUCCACGCACAAGCUCUUGCAUACAAAUACUUGGGAUUAGUUCCGGUGUUCACCGAGGACGAGCUCUCCGGCGAAUUAACAAUAAAUCAAGAAAGAAACUUUAUUAAUUAUUUACAUAAGCUGCAGGAAGCCAUCAACCGAUGGCCCACAAAGGACGGCGAAGACCGCAAGUUUUCAUCUCAAUAUGUUGCCCGAGGAAUGGGUUUGUGCACCAGUGAGCAGCACCGAAAAACCGUCUUCUACGUAUAUUCAAACGCGACUACAAAAAAACGCAGCAAUGUGUUAAUGUAUAUCAGAGGGCCGUACGGCACACAAGGCAAAGCAACAAUCUUGCCUUUUCACAACCUAAAAACAAUACCCGUUGUCAACGUGUUGAAAGAUCAACUCGAAGCCACUAAAACAUUGCCCUUUAAAAACGAGGAACAAAAGUCCUUUCUCAAAACUAUCUCUCUCGAUUUCACUUCGCUGAUUAGCACUGCGGAGGAUAAGGGCGAAAGCAACGACAUUCCUAUACAAAUUGAAAUGGAAAUUGAUAGAGCGAAAAUUACUUAUAUCCCCAACAACAGUGGUAUAUACGAGAUUAAUUUAAUUUCUGAUGGAGAGUUACUCAGAGGCUCCCCUUACAUUGUUCAAGUGAUUAAUAAUACAUCGGGUAAAAGGGACAGCUUUGAAACGGAGAGCGAGCAUGUCGACGAAAAAAUCACAUUCACCAAAAGAAAAAUACUCUCAAAAGUGAUUGAUUGUGUUGAUGAAAAAAUUUGUAUCGACAAUGACAGAGUGUCACAAUUCCAACUUAGAGAUUCCGGAAGUUCAACAGAAAGCGAAUCCGAUGACCUCACAAUCACCGCAAUCACCAAAAAGAACGACGAAAUAUUGAAAACUGAAAUCAACUGCACGUUGGAAGACAUCAUCGAGGAGAUCAAUGCAGUCCAAGACGAACGCGACAACAAAUAUGCCCUCCAAGAGAUAAAAACCAUCGCAGAGAAAUUAAAAUCAGAAGUACCGCAAAUUAUCGACUCAAAUGAAGUCAACGUAAAAGUAGACUCUCGCCACAAAGUUGUAAAAAAUUGCGAAGAAGCUAAAACGGAACUCGUCAAUUUAUUACAAAACGAUUACGACGAAGUUGACUAUAAUGAACUAGAAGAAAAAAUUGACCCCAAACUGGACACUAAUCUAAUCGAAUCGGCAAAAUACUUGAAAAACAUUGUCAACUCUACUAGCAGUCAAGAAAUGCUGGAAAAAAUCCUACCAAGCAAAUUGCUGAAGCAGGAGUCAGAAGAAGACGAAAAUAACAAUUCUCCCAAAACUGGUUCGAUAAAACGCAUCAAGAGCAAGAUUUGUCUGGAAAUAUCCCCCAAAAAUUCGACCAGAAGCAACCCCUCUGUUGAUUCCCUCAAAACCACUUCCUCAAUAUGCUCCGAUCAUAUUGACCCCGAAGUUGAAAAAAGUAGUUUGAACCAACUUACCUUGGCCGAAAAACGCAAAAUUUUGGCGAAACAAGACAGUGUUAGUGUUCCAGAUUGCGACACUACGUUUUCUACGACUGAAAACGAGGAUUCUUCAAACUCAGCUUUUAGGGAAUUAAGUGUAAUGAACGUCUUAAGCAGUCUUCGGCAGUCUCGCAAGAACAGUUUGUCUGAUUCGUUAACUUCAACCGUUAGUCUGCCUAACAUGGCAUCGCUCGAUUCCAAUUUUGAGGAAAAUACGUUCAGGGCUAGGAAGGAUUAUUGGGAGCGGUUGUCUUCUCGGAGUUCUAGUAGUGUUAGUUUAGCGAAUUCAGAGACUAAUGUUCAAAGUAGAAAGAAAAGUGGUGCUACGUCUACCAAAAAACUUUUUAAUAACUAUUUCCAAAACGAUGACAAUAAGGAAACUAAAAAUGAAACGACUAAGUCCGUGGAUAGUUUACUAGUCAUAGAAGCAAGCAAUGUGGACGAUGGCCGUAGAAACAAAUCAGUCGAUACUUCUCUAGAAGAUUGCACGCUUGUACCACUUGAAGAACGCAAAAAACAGUUGUUGAAAAACAUGGGUGGGGAAGAACCCCAACCACCCAAAACCCAGAACACAAAAUUAAAUUUUUUCAAAAAGGACACUAAGCCCAAAAACGAAGCAAAGCAAUCAUUUUUCGCUUCAAUAUCGGAUCGAGUCCAGAAUUUUGAUAAAACCAACUCAAUGUCGAAACCUAAACUAGCACCAGAAGAGACAAAAAAAUCGUCAAGCAAACAAAUUAUCAAAUCGCAAUUUAAGCGAGCGAUCAAUUUUUUCAAAAACCUGGAAGACAAUUCCAGGAUGAAAGAAAAGAAACGGGAAAUCAACAGACGAUACUCUCUCGAAAUCCACCAAAAGAAAAACAACUACAACGUAAGGAGCGGAAGCUUGAAUUUACCAAAUGUUUCCGAUCGGUUCUUCGUCAAUAAUUUAUACGAGGACGUUUUCGGUGGCAAAAACGGCAGUUUCAAAGGAGCGCCAAAUAAAAACGGAGUCGCCGACUCUCUCGCUUCACUGUCAAGAGAUUCAGACACGGGCAAAAUGCAAGAAAAAACCAAAAUUAGUUAUAAUUUAUUUGUAAAUAAAACGAAAAGUAAAAAGCGGAAAAGCAUCAAAACGCUGUUUGAUGUCCAUUAUUAGGGGCGUUAUUUUACGAAUUAUUUAUUGUGUAGAUAUUGUUAUGCUUUAAUAAACCUGAUUCGAGCAAUUA